UAGACUCAGGUACUAAUGUAUGUCUCUUUUUUCCCUAGUAUUGCAGUAUAUGAUUUGGGUGGUGGCACAUUUGACAUUUCUAUCUUGGAAAUUCAAAAGGGAGUGUUUGAGGUCAAAUCCACCAAUGGUGACACUUUCUUGGGUGGUGAAGAUUUUGACCAGGCCUUGUUGCAGCAUAUAGUAAAAGAAUUCAAAAGAGAGACAGGGGUUGAUCUAACUAAAGAUAAUAUGGCUCUGCAGAGAGUAAGGGAAGCUUCCGAAAAAGCAAAAUGUGAACUUUCUUCUUCAGUCCAGACUGACAUUAACUUGCCAUACCUUACAAUGGAUGCGUCAGGACCAAAACAUUUGAAUAUGAAACUGUCUCGCUCUCAGUUUGAGGGGAUUGUAGCAGAUCUGAUUAAAAGGACAAUAGCACCUUGCCAGAAGGCCAUGCAAGAUGCUGAAGUUAGCAAGAGUGACAUUGGAGAAGUUAUCUUGGUUGGUGGCAUGACUAGAAUGCCAAAGGUGCAGCAAACUGUACAGGACAUGUUUGGGCGUUCUCCAAGUAAAGCAGUAAAUCCUGACGAAGCUGUUGCCAUUGGUGCUGCCAUCCAAGGAGGAGUGUUGGCUGGAGAUGUCACUGAUGUGCUGUUGUUGGAUGUCACUCCUCUUUCCCUGGGAAUUGAGACUCUAGGUGGAGUUUUCACUAAGCUUAUUAACAGGAAUACAACUAUCCCAACCAAGAAGAGCCAGGUAUUUUCUACAGCUGCUGACGGGCAGACUCAAGUAGAAAUCAAAGUUCAUCAGGGUGAACGGGAAAUGGCUGGUGACAAUAAACUACUUGGCCAAUUUACUUUGGUUGGGAUUCCACCAGCCCCAAGGGGAGUGCCCCAGAUUGAGGUAACUUUUGACAUUGAUGCAAAUGGAAUUGUUCAUGUAUCAGCAAAAGACAAAGGCACAGGACGAGAACAACAGAUUGUGAUCCAGUCUUCUGGUGGUCUUAGUAAAGAUGAUAUUGAAAACAUGGUAAAAAAUGCAGAGAAAUAUGCAGAAGAAGACAGGCGGAAAAAGGAACGUGUUGAAGCUGUAAACAUGGCAGAAGGAAUAAUCCAUGACACAGAAUCCAAGAUGGAAGAGUUUAAAGAUCAAUUGCCUGCUGAAGAGUGCAACAAAUUGAAGGAAGAAAUUGCAAAAGUGCGGGAAUUACUGGCUCGUAAAGAUAGCGAAACAGGCGAAAACAUCAGGCAGGCUGCAACAACCCUGCAGCAAGCAUCCCUGAAACUUUUCGAAAUGGCUUACAAAAAGAUGGCAUCAGAGCGAGAGAGUUCUGGGAGUUCUGGGAGUUCUGGGGAUCAGAAGGAAGAAAAACAGUAAAUUGCAGUCUUGUAUAGACUGGAACAGAAAGAGGACAAUAUUCCACAGCUUGACAGCCAAAGGACCUUCCUGACCAGCUGUGGACUGAUUUAUGUCUUACUGUGUUUUUGCAGUAUUCUAUACAUACUUUCUCAAAUGUAUAAAUUUAGUGAUGGUGUCUACUAGAGAAAUUGCUAUCUGAUUAAAAAAUUAAUGCAAGAUAACUUCUAAAGGUCAGUGACAGUUUAAGUACAUCCUGAGGAUUCCUGGCAAUCUUACCUCUAAGUAGAAGGAAUUGGCAUGUUUAAUUUGAAGGUCUAGAAACCAUGUCUCAAAUUCAGAGUGGGACUAGGAUUCAUCGUUGCUGAAUUGUAAGUUCCAUCCUUAAUAACGGAGUCUCCUUUAGGGAGUGGGUUUCUGCUUCGGGGAAGAGAUGAUAUUGGGACCUGUGGUCAUCAGGCGACAAUUUACUUGGGAAACGAAUAAGCAGAUCUACACUUUAGCUUUAAUAUCCCUCUCAAAGAAUGUGACUCAUUUUAAUAUAGCUGUAACCAUAAGACAACUUGGAUACUCCAUUCAUUGCUUUUGUAGGCUUUCUGCUUUGUCCACUAUCUUUUCCCUUGCAGAAAAUCUGAUUCCCUAUUAAUAAACUGUUCUCAGUUGACCAAGUA